AUGGCGGCAGCUUGGGGCGAGAUCUGUCGCCAAUGCGUCAUUACUGCGGUGGAAAUCCCAGUUCAGAUCUUACUCAUUGCUGCCCUAGCCACAUUGCUAGGACUAUUUGUCCUGUUCUCAUUAUUUAUAUUUUUCGUUGCGCCAGUCCCACGAGAACCCCUACCAGAAGAAAAGAAGUAUAGAACCCUCGCCAAAGAUGGAUCCGUCACAGACCCGGAACCCCUGCCCUGCUGGCUCGAAAGCCUAGACACCAAAAAGAGCACUCAAACCCCCGCCACAACCCACACAAUCGCACCAGCCGAGCUAUUCAUGUCCGUCGUAGUACCAGCCUACAACGAGGAAGAUCGGUUAACCGGCAUGCUGGAAGAGGCCGUCAACUACCUGGAGCACAUGUACGGGGACACAGCCAGCGCGAUCGCUAGGGCCCGCAGCCCAGACACAAGGGAGACACGCUCAAUGCGCAAGCGCAAGCCGAACGGGGAUACCACCGGCGACGCCGCGGGCUCGGCCUCAGACCGCGGCUGGGAGAUCAUCCUCGUCUCGGACGGGUCGACAGACCGCACGGAGGAAGUCGCAUUCCGGUUCGUGCGCGACCACCAGCUCUCUCUGCACCCCAAGGGACACGCGGGUCCGUGGACGCCGAAGGCUGCGGAGGGCGUCCAUAUCCCACCCGGCACGAUCCGCGUCGUGAACUUGACUCAUAACCGCGGCAAGGGCGGCGCGGUCACGCACGGCAUGCGCCAUGUCCGUGGGCAGUAUGUUGUCUUUGCGGAUGCGGACGGAGCCAGCAAGUUCGAUGAUCUGGGGAAGCUUGUUGGGGCUUGUCGGGAUGUGGAGGAUGCGAAAGGGCGGGCGGUUGCUGUUGGAUCGCGCGCGCAUAUGGUUGGGAGUGAGGCUGUGGUUAAGCGAUCCAAGCUUCGGAACUUUUUGAUGCAUUCGUUCCAUUUGAUCCUGUGGCUCAUGACGCCUGCUAAAACUGCUACUGUCAAGGAUACGCAGUGCGGAUUCAAGCUGUUCUCUCGCAGUGCGUUGCCUUAUAUUGUGCCGUACAUGCAUUCUGAGGGCUGGAUCUUCGAUGUUGAGAUGCUCAUGCUGGCUGAGUUUGCUCAGAUCCCUGUGGCUGAGGUGCCUGUGGGAUGGAGGGAGGUCAAGGGUAGCAAAUUGAAUGUCUUACGAGAUAGCAUCGGCAUGGCUUGGGGUCUGGCUGUUCUUCGGGCAGCUUGGUCGCUAGCGUACACACCCGAGUGGUACCACUGCCUUUUAAACGGCAUUAACAGCCGCAUUUCGCAAGUCGAUAUUUCAUCACGUAUUGCUCUUUCUUCUAGCGAAUUUAGCGAAGCGGAUAUGAAGUCAAAUCUCUCUCACACGUCGAUAUCAUCAUCACGGCUCCUCCAACUCCCGGCCGAACUCCGUCUCAAGAUCUACGAAUAUGCAUUAGACGUGCCAAAUGAGUACCUAGUCAGCAAACCGAUGAUCGUGCUAGGCGAUCGCGGCAAAACCUUCACAGCCCGUGGCCAAUACCGAGCAUUAUCAAUGAGUCCUCACUGGGUUGGCGAAGACGGCACCGCACGCAAGCUACUAGCGGUGAACCGUCAACUCCACGACGAAGCUGAAGACUACCUCUACUCAACGCACACCCUCUUCCUGCGCAACUCUUUCAAUCUCGACCGACUAGCUGACUUCCUCGACACGCUCAGCGCAACUGCCCGCGCCCGCAUUCGCAGCGUCGGCUUCGAGGUCUUCUUCUUCGUGCACACGCAGACCGGCGUGCCGAAGCGCACGCUGAAACAAUACGAGGCCGCCGCACGGCUUCUAUCUGAGAAACUUCCCCUCUGGAAUAGCGUGCUGCUUUACCUCGAUCCACGCUACUAUUAUCCAUCUGCGAACGUGGGUGGCCGGGAUCUCACGGCCCGAGGGGUGUUUGAUCUUGCUACGCGGUUCGGCACUUUGUGUAAGGAUGUGAGCUUCUAUCCGCUGCCGAAUGGUGAUCAACAUCUGCUUGAUGAGGCUCAGCAGUUUGUUUGGCGGAGUCGUUCGCCGUUGAGACAAUCCGAUAAUCGUCGGUCUAUUAAGGGGUGUUCGGCUUGGUCUUUGGAUUUCAAGAAGAAAUUGGUUGCGCCAAGUCGGGUCCGGCCCACCUCGUCUGUUUGCUGA